CAUAUUCAAAAGCUUUUAAUAUGCCGCUGCCACUUGUUUGUGAGUAGCUGUAGUCGUUUAUCGUGUAGUACAAGCCCAGCAAAAGUUGAAGAGAGGACAAGAGAUCCACCGUCCACGACUUCUUUCGUUCCGCCCCACCGGGCCUGUUUAUUCCUGAUGUCGGAAGAAGAAGUAUCUUCCAGCGAUGACGAAGAAUCCACCACGCUGCUUCCUCCCGCUGGAGGUCGUGUCCUGCUCGUGCCAGAAGGUCAGACGCUAUCAUCUGCAGAGGCGCGCGGUACACCUGGAAAUGAUGACAGACGCGACUCUAUCAAAUGUAAAAAUGUCUGGGUCUGGAAGAGUCCGAACUUGUGACGCUGCAUUUGGAUUCCAAAAAAAUCUGUAUUGCCUGACCAGCAAAGGGAAUGCAAUUUUGGCUACGCGGAGAGGGCAUUUGUCAGGCGGAAUAGGCAUCAAGAAGCCCUCAGAAAAUCUGUAGUGCUAGGGUAUGCAUCACAGACAUCAUGGCUCAUGCAAAACGUGCAUGACAAGUGUCAGAAUCUUCCAGACCCAGACACUUUUGCAUUUGAUAGACUCUGGUGAUGCUGAUGUCCAUGUCGAGGGCGAAAAGAUUGCUUCUGAAGAAUCUUCCCAACUACCAUCAACUGGAAAUAAGAUAACUACACCAAACGUACUAGUUCCUGGUGCCAAAAAUGGGUCGUGGAAAGCAAGCUACGAGAGUAGUGGGGCUGCAGGCCCUCGUCCGGGCCCGCUCCAUGAAGAAGAAGACAGCGCUUUAUUGCCGGAGGAGCUUUUGCCUCUGAACAGUGACGCCGAUUAUCAUGAAUUUGGACGGGAAGUGAAUAUGAAUGAACAGGAUAGCGGCUUCGAUGGCGCGAACGAACAAGAAGAAGAAGCGGAACAGGAUGAACAUCACGUCGAAGAUGACGAGAACAUCAACGUCGACAACAACCUGGAAACAGAUCACGCAAGGUUGCUGCGAUUUGUCCGUAAUGCGCGGGAAGAAAUCCUGUACGAUGAGGUUUACUCUCUCUCCGUCGGGUCGCAAGAAGGUCGGUCCCUGCUCUCACCCGGUGCUGCGGGCGGGCUAGAAGAAAUAUUAACAGAGCAGGUAGGAGGUGUACAACGGGACGAUAUAGGUUUAGACGCUGGAAAAAAUGAUGACAACAUUUGCGGAGCUGGGACGGGGGAAGAAAAUUUGUUGGACCGCUUUGCUACGAAGCCGCCAGAUGUUCAAAAGGUCCACCUCAGCUCACCGUCGGUUCUUCCCCCGCGCGAUGGGAAUAACGGCGCAGAGGCAGGCUCCGGCAUUAAGGGUGAAAAUUCAUGUACGAAAAAUGCAAGAGAAACGCCACCGCCACAGGGAAGCAGUGCGGCUUCGACCCUGCUGGAGCGCAACUUGCAGAACGAAUUGGCAGAGCUCUUUGAUCCUCCGGCGAGAGCGAAGACUACACGUGAUCGAGCUGUUGACCCUGAUCAACUAGACGAAGACAUUCUGCUUGAAGGGACAACCACCAGCAGGCUCGUGUUACCGAAAAGUAGCACCCCCGGCGGCUCCAAACCGGUCAGAGUCCUGUCUACCUCGAGAAACGCCAGCAGUACAAAAAAAAGAACACCGGAGCGUGGCGCAGCCUUAAGAAUACACCCCUCGGAUCUUCAUGCGAACGAUGUUGAUCUAGGAGCGAAUAUAGGUCUAAUUCAUUCCGAUGAGCAGUCGCCGCGCCUCUCCAAGUUAGACGAGAGUCUUGCGGAGAGCGACGCGACGCUCGUGGUCGACAAUUUUCAUCCACCAGGGAGCGGGCUGGAGCGAGAUGGCGCAGAUCAAGCAGAACACAGAGGAGCAACAGCAAGCAAAACCUUUCCUGCAGGUGGACAACGCUCGUCUCGUUCUCCGCUAAAAACGCCAGUGCUAGUUCUGCAUUCGUCUUCUUCCUCGUCUUCGAGUGCGCGAGGACACAGAAGCAGCAAUCCUGCUGAGGAACCAGUACCGGAGACACAGGGGCCGCGGCCAGGUGCGCAUCCGACACUAGAGCAUGACGUGAUAGACGAUUUUCUUCACCGAGUUUCCACAUCCGUUCACGGCACCAGCAGCCGCGCAAGUCCCGGCACCGCAAAUGGAGCGAGCCCGCUGGUGAAUGUCAACUUGAACCCGGCCUUGCUGUCCAGUGCCGCCGGGGGGGCUCCUUCUUGCGGUCGUGUUGUAUUUGGCGGACCCAAGAACGACUUGUACCUGGCGGAUCACGGCUCUACUUCUCAGUCUUUUGCAGGGCGAUCGCUCGCGGGUCCUCCGGGACACCACCUCUCGUCGAGCUCUCGUGCGUCGCCGGCAACGAUUAUUACAGGGAGUCAAGAGCGUGCUGGAGCAGGCUUAUGCACUAGUGACCCGCGGCCCUCGUUCGGGCAGCCGCUGCUGCACCAGCCCCAGAAUGGAUCUUCAAACUAUCCUGGUGCAACAGCAUCCCGAGGACCCUCGAUCGCGGAGCGGCGUGCCAAAAUCGCUGAGGAAGUCGAUGUGUUGAUAGGAAGCGCGCCAGUCCGCGUGUCCACCGCGCACAACGAGCAGCUUGAUCCGCGCAUGACCUCGCAGCCCAUCGGGCGACCGACGCGCUUUUCUGUCCAUGGCAGUACCAAUUUCAGUUCUGCGACCACAGUUUUCCGCGGGGAACCGGAGUUGCGGAGCAAAUUGCUGAGCUACGAGCGCCGAAGCGACCUGCGGAUCCCGGAGCAGGAAGAGUUUUCAGAGCAAUUGGUGUUCAAUAACAACGACUUGAGCCUACCCGUCGUCGUGACGCCGCGGACCGCCUCCCCAACAUCGCAAAAGUCUUUUGAGACGAAAUCGAAGGGCACAGUCGUAGGUUCAGGGACAGCAGCGGGGCAGUUGCUUGCAGAAGCAAAGGGGAUCAGUAGCAAGAACGGCAGGAAGAUGAGUAAAAACCAGGCCAAUAUGACGAAAAGCAAUGCUAGUUGUGAAGAUCAUGGUACGUCGAACAACGAUCGCAACCUGCCAGAGGAUCAACAUAGCAAGGAAAAUGUCGCUGACCUGUCAGCAAGUCGCAAAGUCGUAUCUGUCCACUCAGUGGGGGCGCAAAUGAAACCACGCUCGCGCACAAGCUCCGGUUCGGCACGAGAUGACGUCGAGAGUGAUUCGAAAUUGCGGUCAUCAGCUGGUGGAAAUAAAGGCAGUUGUAUUGACGGCACUAACAAUCCCAUCAGGGGAAAAAGUACAAGGGUGGACGUCAGUAAGGACCGGUUGGACAGAUUACCGCAUUCCGUGAUUUUCUCGAAGUGCUGUGGCGACGACACGGUCCGGGUGGAAACCGAAGCUUUUGAGGUUUUUGUGCGCGACCCCGUGCGGCAGUCCCGCUGGUUCCACGCAGACCACAUGGAUUUCCUCGUUUGCGGUUUCUUCCUGUUUGACGACGCCAAAAAAAGCUUCGCGGUGCGGCGGACGGUCGCCGAUUUCCAGUGGCUUGCUGUGAAGCUGCCCAAGCUUCUGCCGGGCUUCUUCGUGCCGCCCCUGCUCGCCUCGUCCCACCUGAACGAAAAGAAGGGAGAUCUGGUGUCGGAGCGCGAGGGGAUGGAGAUCCGGAACCUGCAAGCGGAACUCCGGUUCUGGUUGAUGCGCCUGUUGCAGCGGCCGCAUUUUGUGGGGUUGGACCUGUUUCAGGCUUGGCUGGGGUUCGAAGCCGCCACCGGGAAGAGGAGGAAGGCGGAAUUACUCUCAGUGGGCGCGCUGGAGCAGCAAUUCUGCUCGGGGCACCGGUUAAACAACCCUUUCAAGCUUUUGGACCGGCAGAAGGGCUUGUGCCGGGUGUCCGGUCUCGACCAUUUGCAACUCGUUCAGGAACUGGCGGAUUUAGUCGCAACUGGUGAUGUAUUAAAUGCAAAAAUGUCUGGGUCUGGAAGAAUACAAACCUGUGAUGUGCAUUUCAGCACACUGAAAAAUCUCUCAUGCAUAGGUAGCAAAAGCUGCCCAGUUUCUGUCACCAAAGUGGGGGAUGUGUCAUGCGGAUUCAGCAUUGCGGAAGCUUCUCGAAACCUGUGAUGCUAGAGCUUCCAUGCCAGACCUUCUGUGUCAUGCAAAAACAGCAUGACUCUUCCAGAUCCAGACAUGUUUGCAUUUGAUAUGAUGUCGACAUGAAAGACGCACAAGACUUUAUCCUGAGUAAAAACGUACCCACACCAGAGUUGUAAUGCAGAUUUGCAAAGACAGGAAGACUCCCCAAGAGAUUUGAAUCGAGCACUGCCCGAGAUUUUAGAUGAUGAAUAUUUGAAAAAAUGAAAAGAGAAACUUUUUUAAUUUUUGCAGCGCGCGCAAGCUUGCGCUGCCGGGCGGCUUCGCCCUCCCCAUGUUCGCGGAAGAUUUUAGACUUUGCCCCGCCCCUUCGGCUUUUUCUUUCUUUGCGUGUAGUGUAGCCUCGGCAGGCGAUUCGUUUUCCCCGCCACCUGCUCGCGUGCUGACGUGGGCGCCUUUGGGGUGCUGUCCGUUUUUCAUGUUGCCCGCGCGGCGCGGGUCUCCAUGUCGGAGCUAAGGCGUGCGGCUCCGUGGCGCUUUGUGCUUUUUUUUGCCGGGGCUUUUUUUUGCAUUUUUGCUAUUUAUUUUAUGCCAGUAGGAACAUGAACAGCAGCCCGCCUCUGCAGUUGGCGCCCUUUUUCUCUUUUUCGUGUCGAAAUUUUCGUGGGCCAAACACGCGGCGCCGGCUGUGUCUUUCGCACUUUGCUUCCAGAGCUAGUGGCGCGACUGCUUCGCGUAAGCGCCCCUGAAUUAGCACCAAGCGAGGCCCUUCGUUGGUUUUCCAUGUAAUGCAAUCCCGGAGGCCGGUCCGGCGUGUCAGCCAGCGGCCUGCUUCUUGGUGCGGACAUUUUUCUGGUGUUUUUCGUUUCGCGCGUUGGCCGCGUGGGGUUUAUCUUCAUGUCAGGGCGCAGAAGAGUGACGCGGCGGCGUUUUUCGCUCCUUGUCUGCAUUUGUGGGCUUACUAUCCUUGCUGCGCUGCAGCGCCAGCCCCGACUUGCCAAGCAUGAGAGGCGCCGCGGUUGCUAAGGUUUUACGCUAAAAGUGGCGACGCUGUCCAUGUUUUGCCUUCGUCUUCCUUUUUGGGUGUCUUUCCGUUGCUUUUUUGCCGUACUUCGUUCAUUUUGUUGCGUUUUUGCGCCUUUUCGAGCUACGCGGAGCUUUUCUGGCGCAUUUUGGGGCUAAAAACGAACAAACCGCCUGGGGCUGGUUAUUUUCGCCGCCGGUUUGCCGUAUUUCGUUCAUUUCGUCGCGCUUUUGUGCCUUUUUAAGUUGGAGGAAGUUUCUGUGGCGCAUUUUGGUCCUCAGAACGGCCAAACUGUCUGGAAUUGGCCUGGCGGAUGCGAUAGCGCCACCGCUCUGCGGACUUGCUCCUGCAAAAUCACCGGCGCGCGCCUUGUCGCGCUUUUGCGCCUUUUUGGAGAAUUUGCAAAGUGUUGCACUUUUUCACCUAUUUCGAUGGCUUUGCGACGUUUUUGCUUUAGUUUGCGUCUGUUGGUGCAUUUGCGCACCUUUUUGAGCUGAGGGGAGCUCUUUUGGCGCAUUUUGGUCCUAAGUACGACCAAACUGUCGGGAGUUAGCCUUACGGGUGCGACAGCGCCAACGCGCUGUGAACCGCUGCAAAAUCAUCGGCGCGCGCAAUGUUGCGACUUUGCGCAUUUUCCGAGAAUGCGCAUAGUGGCGCACUUUUGUGCCUAUUUUGAAAAAUUUGCGCCCUUUCCGCCUUAGUUUUUGCAUUUUGGCGCAUUUGCGCAAUUUUUAGGCUUAACAAGGUGGCCCCGCCGUGCGCUUUUUCGUCCAACCAUUUCGCUCUUUUUGACUUAACAAGACCUGUUCUGCAGUGAAAUGAGUCGAAUUAGCACCAAAAAGGCGCGUCUGUACCUUAAGAAAGUUGGCGCUUUUCUUUCCAUGGAUGUGAUACAUGUUUGCAAUACAAGUUGAUAACUUCUGCAAAAUUAGUCGCCUUUUUGUCUUUUUGGCUUAGCGAGACCCAAUCUGCACCAGGAUGGCCCUAGUUAGCACGAAGAAGCUGUCUCUUUGCCGUUGUUGCUUUUCGUUGGCCAGCGCCACGAGCGAUUCCGAAGCCGAGCGCGUUAGUUUGCUAGCCAGAUCUGUUCCACUUUGUUCACAUUUUCGCCUGAAUAAGCGAGACAACUGUACUGGAAUCAGGUGGACGGCGUCCGUUCUUGCCGGCCUUGGGCCAUGCUUUUUGUCGUGUUUUGACUCGUGCUGUUUGUCUGCGCGCAUGUGCGUGCUUCUUUGGGGAUUUUUGUCUCGUUUUUCUUUUAUUUUGCUUACUUACAGCGCCUGUGUUCGCGUUUCUGUAGUUUUUUAUUCGAAUUUGGCGCAUUUCAGCACAUUGUGGGCGUUCUAGAAUCGAACCACCUGCCAAAUAGACUAACAAACGCAGCGACAAGCAUCGCAAAACUGUGGCGCUGCGUUUUGGUGCACGGUUUCCGCCUGCGCGCGUAUUGUUGUGAAGUUGCCGCGUUUUCUGGUCAAUUAGCGCACUUUGGUGCAUUUUUGCGGGUUUUCGCGUCAUUUUGACGCAUUUGUUUGCAUUUUCGCGCUUUUUUGAUGCAAUUUGCUUAAAUCUGAUCUAUUUUAAGCGAUUUCGAAAAAAAAAACAGCGGGCGACUUUUAACCUUAUAGCUCACAGCUCGCGACUUUUUUCGAAUUUCGCAAGUUUUUGCGAGUGUGCCUUUAUGCUCAUUUUUGUCGUUAUUUUGCUCAGUUUGCGACUUUUUUCCUUUUUUUGUCGCAUUUUCGCACAUGAGGGCACUUUUAGCGCUUAAUUAUGUGGCCCCGCCGUGCGCUUUUCCGGCGUUUUUGUUGUUUUUGACUUAACAAGACCAGUUUUGCACUAAAAUGACCUGAAUUAGCACGAACGCUGUGCAUUUUGACCUUAAGAAAAUUGAAACUUUUUUUUCUGAUGUGAUGCAUGUUUGCAAUACAAGUUAAAGACUUGUAAUGCGCAUCCCCAUGAGAGCCAUUUCUAAUCGUGUUUUGGAAUUUGUGAUGCUGUGAACAGGAUGAGCAGAUGAAUCUGUGAUGCGGCUGCACUUGCUAACCUGCACUACACUCCUGCAGAGCGCAACUUGUCAUGCGUGACUCACAAAACUCCUAGGUUUGUGUUGCAAAAUCUCCGUCCUGACUCUGGUGUGGGUAGGUUUUUACUCAGGAUAGACUUGAGCGCGAGUUUCAACGAAGCCAAAAAUGGUCGCCCUACUUCGCGUGAGCAGAACAACGACGACGCUGUUCUUGAUAAGGCAGAGGCACAGGACCUGGAUUUGAACAAUGGUGGUGAAGCUGAAGUAGACAAUAAUUUGAACAACAACAGCAAAAUUUAUUCCAGGAGAUCGUCGAAGACUACGUCUAAGGGCGGACUGCUGCCAGCGGGUGUUAAAGAGAGAAAGUCUACUUCCGCCUUCUUCCGGACGACCAGUAAUUUAUGUCCUCGUGCGACAUCAUCCGCUGUAGCUACCGUGAAGCUGACGCCCGAAGCCUGCAAGAAAUUUUUGAACGAACAGAAGAGACAGCUGCGGAACCGGAGUUUCGAGCUGAGCUCGCUGCAGCGAAACUUCGAGGUCUUGCGAAAUCUCGAGAGAAAUGCGUUCAUCGAAAGUCUAUCAAAUGUAAAAAUGUCUGGGUCUGGAAGAUUGCCAGGUUUGUCAUGCACAUUUUGCAUGACUCCUCAAGUCUGUGAUGCAUGCCCUAGCAUCACAGAUUUUUAGAGGGCUUCCUGAAGCCUAAUCCGCAUGACAAAUGCUCUUUCCGUGCUGCAAGAUUUGGACUCUCUUUGCUGCUCAUGCAAUACAGAUUUUUUUAGAAUCCUAAAUCAGCAUGACAAGUUGCAUUCUUCCAGACCCAGACAUUUUUACAGUUGAUAAAGUCAGAAGCUGCGGAGAACCUUGGCCGGAGAGGAAAAUAUGAACAGGACGCUGGUACUGCUUAAGUACGUCUACACGACUUUUCGCGUGCUGUGUUUUUUGAUGAAUGAAUUUCGGCGAUCAUCGCCUAGCGUCUUCUGCUUUUCUAUGCUCAAAAACGUUUUUCAUCCUCUCCACUUGCCAUAAUUUGCGAUGCAGGUAUCCUCCUUGGCGCUUUCCGGGGCCGGAAAAACCGGCCUUCACGCUAGUGGGGGCGAGCAGGCGAAUGGGACUGCGCAUGCUGUCUACAAUAUCAUGAUCGUGGCGUGCGAACGGGAGAUGCUGGAUCUGCAUGCCAGCCUGCGCAUAUUUGACGAGCUGGACUUCAUGGAAAGGAAGACGGAAAUGCUUCGGCGAAAUUUAAGACAGAAUCGAGAGAAGCGGUACUAGAAAUAAACUCAGAUAAGUUUCACUGUCUCACCAGCGCAGUUCGCGUUCCUGGGACUUACACAAUCUGGUGGUGAGCGUGCUGGAGCUGUCCUCAGACAUUCAUAAGUAUAGCAAUUCAACCCACCAUUUUUAAAGAAUUGAGCAUUUUUUUCUACAACAGCCUGACCAUCAAAUUGAGCGAGCACGGAGGGUUCUGGGAUUCGGUUUUUCGGGGGCUUUCGAAGGAGGAGCAGCUUGGCGGCCUGUGCGACCAGAUUAGCUUCUUGAAGCGUCAAGUAGGCGGGAUGGAAUCGUGGACGCGGUUUGCGCACCAGGUUGCCGCUGAAGAGUUGCGCCUGAUGCGGCAGGACAGGGCGCAGAAAUGGAGUACUGCAUGUGAUGUUGAUGUGAUUAUACUUGGUCAUCAAGCUGAUGUUUUUCUCUGACUUUUUGCCUACUAUCCAUCCCUAUGUCUACAUCAAAACAGAAAACGCCCAGGAGGAGUUCGUUUCGCGGCAAAAAGAGCUUGGCGUGACCAUGCGGGCGUCGCUGGCGGCGCGCGGAGUAGUGAGUAAGGCGGAUCUGCUGGAUUGGGGAUUGGAUUCGCAAGAAAUGAUGGACGAGGAUUAAAAAAGCUCGCAAGAGAGCAGGAUGCUACACUAUCAGGAGUACUCAGUUUUAAUACACCUAAUGAUGAAAUAAAUCUAACGAGGACGUCGAGACCACUUGCAAUUUCGAUUUCUCAAUACUUCUAUCUUUUUCAAAAUCAAACGACGAGCACGAGGCGUCUCUCUUUUCGCCGUUACGAUAUCAAGAAAAGAAGUACCUAGUGAAUGAUGAGCCCAAGAACACGGGCUACUUGUGAACCCAGCAAAUGAACGGUCUACUGAUUCUUUCAUGGCGCUUAGGCCUUUACACGUGCAAUAGCAAUUUCGAUGUUGGUAAAAGUUGCCCUCCCUCGUCCACCUUCUGGGUCAGCGAGC